AUGGCAACAACAGGGUUUAGUGACUUAUACUUGGCAUGUCGUAAGGGCGAUAUCGCUGUAGUUCAACGUUUGUUACCUGUUACUUCAUUGGAAAUUCUCAAUCGUACAGAGCCAGAUGGCAACACUUGUCUUCAUGCUGCUGUUUCGUGUGGCCACAAAGAAAUUGUUCGCCUUCUUCUUGCACGUGGGGCAUAUCGCCGUGUAAAAGAUCAAUAUGGCAAAACUCCUCUAGAAGCAGCAAAAACAGAUGAAAUUGAAAAACUUUUUUCUCGAUCAACAGAUGCAUCAAAGCAACGGUUUGGCAUAAAUCCAGCUAAACAACUCGAAUGGCAAUUUCAGAAUGAUCACGCUGAAACGUUUUCACGUGCAGUUCAUUGGGGAUGUAUUAAGGAUCGUGGUGUAAAAAAAACAGUUAAAAAAAUUCAAAAGGCUGAUAUAUUAGAAGAUGAUGGAGAUCCAUCAAAUGAAGUUAUAAAAAAUUAUUUCAAAUGUGCACUUGAAAAGAAAGAUCCACUAUAUUUGCUUAGAGCUUAUACGACUGAAAGUCAAUUUUACCGACGUCUAAAUCGUGAGAUGGCUACGGGUAAUGAUCGGGAAGUGUUUAAAAAACUAUGUCGAAAAUGGACUGGAUUUUACACAGGCACCAUUGCGAAAAAUCCUCGAUUAGAUCACUUGCACUUUUCGGGACAAACAUACAGAGGAAUGGAAAUAACUCCAGCUGAUUAUCAACAAUACAGGAUAGGUAUUGCAUUAGCAAAUAAAUCAUUUCAAUCAACAUCAAAAUCAUGGAAAAUUGCGAAAGGAUUUGCUUGUCCACCAGAACAUAAACCGGGAACAAUACCUGUAGUACUGAUAUUUACAAUAAUUGAUCGAAAAUCUGCAUUGAGCAUUGAUGAAAUAUCGGACUUUCAAUAUGAAGAAGAAGUUUUAAUUGUACCUGGCACUUUUUUCAUAGUAACUGAUAUUAAUAAAGACCAAAACCCUCAUGAAGUGGAAUUAAGACAACUUGAAUGGACUGAUGAAUUCUAG